AUAAAAGAGGAAUAAAAAUUUACAACAUUACAGAACAAUUUUACGAGCAACCAUCAUGUCUUAUUACAAGGUAAUAUUAAUACUGAGCGCAUUAGUUUGCUCUGCGGUCGGUAGAGUAGCAUCAGAAACCGGAAAUAAUGAGUGGUUUCUCCAAUUUAAAGUAAACGAUCGCAAUUUUUUUGUUAGCAGUGAAGAGGUCAGCGCUUCUAACGCGUACAAUUUAUGCAAAAAACAAAACCUAACAUUAGUUGCUCUGGAUGCAGCUUCAAAUGAUGCAAUUAUCAAGUCUUUAACAAACUUGGUAGGCAGUACACAAGUUGCCUUCUGGACUUCGGGAGUCAAAGUUUAUGACAAAUGGGUUUGGGGGAGUACCGGUGAUCAUGUAGAAUAUUUCGAUUGGGGAACCGGCGAACCGAAUGAUAAUGAUGGCAAAGAGAAUUGUUUGCAGAUAUGGUUAAACGAAUACCAAUCAGGUCAUUGGAAUGAUAAAGAUUGUAGUGCUACAUUUCGUGCGCUGUGCUUUUACAAAUAAUGUUAUACAUAGUUCUAAAAAAUUGACAAUAAAAAUUUAAUAUCUUAAA